ACAAGUGCUCCAUCUGCAUCCUAUUGAACCCUCACCACUCGCAGGCACUGUGUGUAAUGAAUCUCAUUUAAUCCUCACAGCUGCUCGCUCGAUGACGAAUGGAUUAUUAGGCCUAUCUUAUAUAUGAGCAAAGUGCAGUUUCAGAAAUAUGCAGUGUGAUGGAAAACUAUGUUGUUUGGAUUUUUUAAAUGUUAUUACAGUAAAGGACAUCCUGCCAUUAAUCUUCCUCAAGAUACAGCUUCAAUCACGCUUAUCCCAUUCUUCUUGCCACUUCCUGAAGCAGUUCUGGAAGUACUCUUUUGUGAGUGUCUUUAGGAGGUGUGAUUUUAAAAAACAUGGUGAAUGCAACUGUCAAAUGCUAUUCACUGGAAAAGCAGGCUUAUAAAAGUAGUGCAGCAGCAGCAUCUUAUUUGCCAGAUCUGGCACCAUUUAACUUCUGGUUCUCUUCCACAGGCAAAAUGACCAUGAAAGGUAAACAUUCUAAAUCCGUUCAGGACAUCAAGGCAGUCAUGACAGCAAAACCAAAGACUCACAAAAGAGGACUUCCAGAACUGCUUCAGAAAUAUUCCUUGCAUCUUCAGUCAGAUCUCAGAGUGUUUGGACUCACUCCCCUUUAGUUCCUCAGCCUUCCAAUCUGUAAAAUGGUGAUGAUACCCUCUCUCUUUUUUUUUUUUUUUUUUUUUUUUUCUUUGCAGUGUUUGGACCUCAACCCAGGAUGUUACGCAUGCUAGGCAAGUGCUUAUAAUGAAUAGCUGUGAGGAGUAAACAAAUUAAUUUUCAUAAAACACAACAGUGCAGGCAUAUAAUGACUAUUUUCUAAUGAUUUUUAUUAUUCAUCCACAAUCAGGGAAAAUGAGCUAUUACUGAACUAGAGUACUUUCUCCCCACAAAAUUCCCUUCAACUGUAAUAUUUAAUGAUAGAGCUCUAGAGUACUGUGAUCUCGGCGAGUACACCCACCUCGAAUUAAAUCCCCAGUAAAGUGCUGGCUUCCCAAGAUCCCUCUCCUUCAGCCAGUUCCCUGGGGUACCCCUAUUCUUGUGGCUUCAGAUCGAGGCCUCUACUUACACUUGCAAGGAGCAGAGGAACAGUUUACCCUCCACCCUGCUCAAGUUCUUUCCCAGACAACCGCCCUUCCCCGCCCCUUGCCUUAACCCUGUUUUCUCUGGGUUUGGUGCAUGUCCUAGGGCCUCUGAAGUCUUUCUCCCGCUGGAGUGCUCUGGGACCCAGCCUGCCAGCUCCCGGGGCAACCCACGAAGAUUGUAAAAAAAUAAAUCUACAACCUUUGGAGACCCAGGAACACUCUCCAACUUGUCCUCGGCGUGUUUUGAAACCAGCACCGGAGAGUCUCCUGUGUGGAGUGAUUGAAUUGUCUUCUGCUUCUGCCUCGAGCGUUUCACCCAGGCAUCUGGGCUGCCCCGUGUGGGCUCCUUUCGUGUUCCCAGGAGGCACCCGAGCCCCCCUUGGCUCUAAGUUAUCGGCUUCCCUUUUCUGUCCUAAACAUCUGCCGACCAUGGGUCACACACGGAGGCAGGGAACACCUGGCCUCAUGCUCUCUCGGCUGCUGGUGUUAGCUGGCCUUUUGUACUUGGCUUCAGGCAGGCAGGUGACCAAGGCAGUGAGAGAAGCGGUGACGCUGUCCUGUGAGUACAACAUCUCCGUGACUGAGCUGGACAGAGCUCGAGUUUACUGGCAAAAAGAUAAAGAAAUGGUGCUGAGCAUCGUAGCUGGGAGGAUAGACGUGUGGAGUGAGUACAAAAACAGGACCAUCCUGGACAUCGCUAAUAAGCUUUCCCUGGUGAUCCUGACCCUGCGCCUGUCAGACAGAGGCACGUACUCCUGCGUCGUCCAAAAACCUGAGAAGGGGAUGUUCAAACUGCACCACCUGUCUUCAGUCACGCUCGCCAUCAAAGCUGACUUCCCUACUCCUAGUAUCACGGACCUGGGAAAUAUAUCUACAGACAUUAAAAUGAUACUAUGCUCAACUUCUGGAGGCUUUCCUAAGCCUCUCCUCUCCUGGUUGGAAAAUGGAGAAGAGAUAAAUACUGCCCACCCAACGGUUUCCCAGGACCCCCAGACAGAGCUAUUUGCCGUAAGCAGUGAACUGCAUUUCAACAUGACGAGCAACCACAUCUUCAAGUGUCUUGUCAAGUACGGAGACAAAACAGUGUCAGAGACAUUCAUCUGGCAGAAACCCCAGCCGUCAAACCCUGAUACCCCUGAUCAUGAGUUCCCAGCAUGGAUGAGUUUCGUGAUUUUCAUAUUUGUGAUUUCUGUCCUUGGAGUCGGGGCCCUGGUCUACAAAAAAUGUGCCCCACAAUGGAGAGAGAGAAGAAGACGCCAGACGGCAGAUGAAGACUGUCUAUAGUGAACCUGAGAAUCAGCAGGUGAAACAGAAUGUUUGAAGGUCCCACCUGCUUCGUGGGACUGACUGACUUCUUCCAGAAACGUCUGCAGAUGACCAGGACGAUCCUGCCUGUGCUCUAGGACAAAACUCUUCCCUUCUGUGGCUCUGCAGAAGCAAACUAGUGGGAUGCUGUGUGAAUAGGACAGUAGUUCUGGUGACCUUGAUGACUGGACUUAGACAGGACGAUUUCUUCAUGUCCAGAAGGGAGAAUACUAAGGCCCAGGAAAAGGCCCGUACUGUGAAGGCAAGAGCCAGAACCUAGAUUUUCUGGUGCUCUUUCGCUUCUUCAGUGAACUACACAAGAUAAACUUGAGAAAUAACAAAUGGUCCUUUUCAUCCCCUGCUAUGGUUCGGUUGGAAAGGGAGAGUUUAAAUAAAUAUUCAUGGUCUUUGGUUCA